AUGACGGCGCGGCGAGCGGCGGGGUCCGGCCUUGACGUUGUGCUGGUCGCCCUAGGGUUUAUUUGGCUCCGGGGCCCCGCACCGCCGCCAUUACGAUCCCGCAGCGUCCGAGGUCGUCCCCCCUCCUUUCGCCCCCGCCCCGCGGCGCCCCGCCGCCCGCUCUGCGCCCCUGUGUCCCCGCCUCCGGCGGUCGGGAGCCGCGCGCGGGCCCGCGGAGACCAUGUCCUGACUGAGGGGGCGCGGAGGCGGCGCGGAGGGAGGCGGAGAGGGGCCGGGCUGGGCUCGCCACCGAGGGCAGCUCGGGGAGCCGCCGCCGGGCUGCGAGGUUCGGACGGAGAGGAGGAGCCGGAGCUGGAGGAGGAGCCGCCGCCGCCGCCAGCUUCCUGCUUGACAUAA